AUGGUUCGGAUGAUGGAGUCUCAGUGCGAGUAUUUCAUGUAUUUCCCCGCGGUGCCAAUCUCCGACCUUUCGGACCCGGCCCGUUACAGAACCCUACCCCGGCGCAGUCACCUCUACCUCGGUGAGACGGUCCGCUUCCUCCUGGUGCUCCGGUGCAGGGACGCGUCCAGCGGAGAGACACCGACAGGCCCGGGGAUUGGGAUAGUGGGAUGCGGGGGAGGUGUUGCUGGGUUCGGCUCGGAGACCCCAAGUGUCCGGGCAUGGAGGGAGCUGGCGGGUUCUUUGUGCGCGGUGGCCAGCGUCAGCCCCGGAGAGAGCAGGCACCGGUCGCAUCAUCUCCACCACGAUUACCAGAGCAGCGGUGACGAGGGCACGGAGGAGGCCGAGGAUGAGUACGGGGCUCCGGCUUUGACAGGCAGGGUGGAUGCGAGAUGCCGGGGCUUCAGGGACUGCAGGCCGCUUCUCAUCCACAACAGCACGGGGAGUGGGGUUCGGGAGUUCCGCAGGGCGCCGUUGCAGUCUCCAUUGGACGAGCCUGUUGUGUUGACUGAUGAGGUCAUCUUCCCCCUGACCGUGUCAUUAGACAAACUUCCCGUCAACACCCUCAAAGUCAAGGUGAUGGUGACAGUGUGGAAGAGAGAGGCAGAGAAAGCAGAGGUUCAGGAACAUGGCUACCUUAGCAUCCUACAGCAGCGAGUCCCCACACACACCUUCAGACAAGACCUUAACACCUUCAAAGCACAGGUGAGCACCACUCUGACAGUGCUACCGCCCCCUACUGUUCGCUGUAAGCAGAUGACUGUCUCUGGGAAGCAUCUCACUGUGCUCAAAGUACUAAAUGAGUGUUCUCAGGAGGAGGUGACUGUGAGGGACAUCAGGAUUCUGCCAAACUUCAAUGCCUCCUACCUGCCCAUGAUGCCAGAUGGAUCUGUGAUGCUUGUUGACAACGUGUGCCACCAGUCAGGAGAGGUUGCCAUGGAGUCGUUCUGCAGGAUGGAGAGUGUAGCCUGUCGACUACCCAGCAUGCUCAGCGCCCUUGAGGAAUACGACUUCCUGUUCCAGCUGCAGCUCAGCGACAUGCCCCAGGACGACUCCAAAGAGGGUCUUGAAGUUCCUCUAGUAGCAGUGCUUCAGUGGUCAACUCCCAAGAUGCCCUUCACCAACUGCAUCUACACACACUACAGACUGCCCAGUAUCCGGUUGGACCGUCCCAGGUUUGUGAUGACCGCCAGUAGCCCCAGCACCGUGCAGACCAAGGACCAGUUUAGGGUCAGAUACACUCUGCUCAACAACCUGCAAGACUUCCUGGCUGUACGUCUGGUCUGGACACCUGAGGGUGAGGGGGGUGUGUGGAGGCUCUGGACAGCCAAGGAAGGAAGAUUCCUUGACAAAUGUCAUGGGCAGAGUGAGGAUGCAGCGUUGGGGGCUGUAGUGUGUCACUCCCCCCUCAGUAACCUGGGCCACUGUCGGAAAGGCUGCACUCUCUCCUUCACUGUCGCCUUCCAGAUACUCAAGGCAGGACUCUACGAGCUGAGUCAACAUAUGAAGCUGAAGCUGCAGUUCACAGCAUCUGUCUCCAACCCUCCUCCCGACGCCCGCCCUCUCUCCCGUAAGAACAGUCCAUCCAGCCCUGCAGUCAGAGACCUACUGGAUAGACACCAGGCCAGUCUGGGACGAUCACAGAGCUUCUCUCAUCAACAACCGUCACGCUCUCACAUCAUGAGGACUGGCAGUGCGAUGGAAAGGCGAGCCAUCACCCCUCCGGUGGGCUCUCCUGUAGGUCGGCCCCUCUACCUGCCCCCCCAGGAGAAAGCUGUGCUGUCAUUGGACAAGAUCGCUAAGAGGGAGUGCAAAGUCCUGGUGCUGGACCCAAUCACCUAG